CUUCAGAGCCGAGUGUCUGGUGCUGAUCCCUGGCCAGAGCCUGCAGCCCGUAGCUCUGCCCAUCACCGCCACUGAGCCGCAUGACGCUGCUGAGCAUCGCGCUGCUCCUGGGGACUGCAGGUGCAGCCUGGGGCAGUUUAACGCUCAAGGGGAACCCAUGCCACCCCCACUCACAGCCCUGGCAGGCAGCCAUCUUCGAACACUCCAUGUACAAGUGCGGUGCCACCCUCCUCAGCAGCAGAUGGGUCCUGACUGCAGCCCACUGCCUGACUGGCCCCAUCCAUGUGCGCCUGGGGGAUUACAACCUGUAUGCCCGUGAGGGGUCCGAGCAGUACAAAGCUGUGGCCAAAAGCAUCAUCCACCCUGGCUACAACUGCACGGACCACGACAAUGACAUCAUGCUGCUCAAGCUGCAGACCCCGGCCACGCUCAACCGCUACAUCCAGCCGCUGGGCCUGGCUUACCAGUGUGCGGAGCCGGACGAGCAGUGCUCGGUGUCGGGGUGGGGCACCACCCUCAACGCCCCUGAAAACAUCACCAUCAUCCUCUACUGCACCAUGGUCCACAUCGUCUCCAAUGAGCAGUGCAAGGCCAGCUUCCCCGGGCACAUCAACAGGAACAUGCUCUGUGCAGGCUUGAAGGGUGGGGGCACAAACUCCUGCGAGGGUGACUCCGGUGGCCCGCUGGUGUGUAAUGGGAAGCUGCAGGGUGUCGUGUCUUGGGGCGAUGUGCCCUGUGCCUCCACCCCGAAACCCAGCGUCUACGUGAACGUCUGUAAAUACCACCACUGGCUGCUGGCCACCAUGUGGGCAAACUGAGCCCCCAACUGCUUGGGGCUGGGACCCCAGAAUA